AUGCAGUGCUUGGGACUUGUGGAAGACCAGAAGCUCUCAGUGCAGCCGGCAGCUUCCGAUGUCCUCAGCACGAAGCUGGCGCAUGAGCUCGAACAUAUGCAGGAGGACCCCGAGGUCGCGAAGUUGAUGAAUGGCGCAACGACCGCACCGACGGCAACGACCGAAGGGACCACGGCCCCAGCGACCGAGCAAACAAGUGGUACCACCACCGCUCCGACUGCAACCACGGAGGAGACCACGGCGAGCGCCGAAACUUCAGUGACAACCGUGGAACCGACCACAACGCAGGCCAGCACUGAGCCCCCAUCGACAACAUCGGAGGAGCAGGCCUCUACGCAAGAAUCUGACGCCCCGGAAGGAGGGCUCUUGCAAGCCUGUGAAGGCGGCUUGAGCACAGGUUGCCCAGUGGAGUGGCAGACCGGUGCAGGCGGCUAUUACUGCUACGAGACACAGGGCUGCCGGCCGGUCGUGGAUGGGCCCUUCCCCCUCGAAGAUUGCCAGGAUCAAUGUUACAUCGGUGAGGUCGAAGUUCCAGGCGGUGGGGAUCUGGCAGUCCCUUUCGACUGCUAUGAGGACCUGGAAUAUGUGGGCAAGUGGAGCCCUAUGAAGCAGCAGUGGUGUUGUGAGAACAGCCCUGUCGCAUCCAUUGUGUGCGAGAAGGGGCAUUCUUCUGGCGUCGAAGAGUGCGAAGAUCAUGUUGGCACAAGUUGCCCCCCGGAGUGGCACACAGGACCUACUGGCGGCUACUACUGUAGCGAUGGGCCAGCUAAGGGCGGCUGUCGUCCGUCGUCCUCGGGUGCCUUUACUUUGGAGGAUUGUCAGGUUCAAUGCACCAUCGGACACUGCCCCUCCGAUUCGGAUAGCGACGUGUCUGGACCGCCAGAACCGGAGAUUUGGAAUUGCGGACGCCAUCUCGAUCGUUGGGAAUGGUGGCCAGAGGAAAAGAAGGAGUACUGCUGUCAGCACGACGAGCAGGCCAAGAACGUUUGUGGGCAUUUCGGCGUCACUCGUCUCGACUUACAGAGUGCUAGCAUUUGGGACCCGGGUCCGGACAAUUGGUUGACUGGGCCCAGCGGCGGCUACCUCUGUACCGGCCAGGAUGACCCGGCCAAGGGCGGCUGCCGACCGUCCUCGGAGGGCCCCUACCCCGUGGAAGACUGCCAGGAAUUCUGGGAUUGCAAUCGCAAUCUUGGCCGCUGGAAGUGGUGGCCAGAGGACGAUCAGCGGGAUAGAGAUCACGUUUGGGGUCACAUGUCGCGCUGCGCCCAUGAUGAGGGGACCGAGUGA